UUAUUUUAUUAAAAUGCAACAACUUUCAAAAAAUUCUCGAAACUUCUUUAUUGCUAAUCUUCUAGGAUUACAACAGGGAAGUGGCUACAAUGCUGAACGUUAUGUUGAACGAUUAAACGAUUCAAUAUGGCACAAUUCAAAAUUUAAUGUUACAAAAACGUAUUCAAAGUUUAUGAUCAAGGAUGUUCCUGCCGAUGCCGAGUCUCUUCUCUCUGGUAAUUAAAAACUUAUUUUCAAUAAAUUACCAAUUUCAGGAAUUUUCCAAUUUUGUGUUGAUGAAGCUAUGGAACAUGCUAAGGGAAAUAAUGUUGAACCCCAACAAUUAGCUUGUACGUUAACCAGUGACUUUUUAGAAUAUGAUAUCUGGGUUCCUUUCAGCAAUAUAUCAAAUAACACUGUUGACGCCAUGCUUAACCGGUGUCAACACAUCGCUCAAAGUAAAAAGCAAGACGAAUUAACUCUAUGGGGCGCACCAUUUUCUAUAACUGUAACAACAAUAAAUAAAAUUUCAUUCAAAAAACGACGUCUUGUUGGUGGUGCAGCUCGUAAAAUUCCAAAAGUGCGACAUCAAAUUAAUAAAGGGUCACUGAUAAAAUUUAAUAAUCCUGACAAUAUGAAUCAUUGUCUAUUUUUCGCCUUA